AUGGAGACUUGGAAGACGUUUUGGGGGAUCAUCUUCUUUGCAGCUAGUUUUGGCUUCAUCAAAUCACAGAGGACUGUCUGCAAAGAGGUCUGUGUGGGAGAUGUCGUGUUUCUGGUGGACACCAGCACCAACCCCCAACACGCCUGCAGUGUGAAGAAGAUCUUCUUAAACAUCCUAAUAAACAGCUUCAAUAUCAGCAGAGACACUAUCCAUGUGGGUCUGGCCCAGUACAGCAAUGUGCCCCAAUCAGAGUUCCUGCUUUCCACCUAUCACGGCAAGGGCGACAUGAUGAGACACAUUCAGCAGUUUCGGUUUAAGCCUGGGGACAAGAAGAUGGGCCUGGCCCUGCACUUCAUUCUAGAUCACCACUUUCAGGAAGCAGCAGGGAGCCCGGCAAGCCAAAGGGUGCCUCAGAUCGCGGGGGUGAUCAGCAGUGGCCCAGCCGAGGACAAUGUCCGCAGACCCGCAGAGGCAUUUAGGAGGGCAGGCAUCCUGCUGUAUGCUGUUGGUGUCAGAGGUGCCGUGAGGGCAGAGCUCAGGGAGAUUGCCAGUAGUCCCCAGGAGAAUUUCACCUUCUUCAUUCCCAACUUCCCUGGUCUAAGCAGUCUUGCCCAUAAGCUGCAGCAGGAGCUCUGUCAUACUUUGGCAAAGGUAGCUCAACCUGUUGACCACAUCUCUCCAGCUUGCAGAGAAGCAGACCUGGCAGAUAUUGUAUUCUUGGUGGACAGCUCAACCAGCCUUGGGCCCCAGAACUUCCAGAAAGUUAAGAACUUCCUUUACUCUGUUGUCUUGGGCCUUGAUAUCAGCAGUGACCAAGUCCAAGUGGGACUUGCCCAGUACAGUGAUAACAUCUACCCAGCCUUUCAGCAACAGUACCCUCUGAAGAGCAUGGUCUUGGAGCAUAUCCAGAGUCUUCCCUACCACACAGGAGGCACCAACAUAGGGAGUGCCCUGGAAUUUAUCAGGACUAACUAUGUGACUGAGGCAGCUGGCAGUCGGGCCAAGGACAGAGUUCCUCAAAUAGUUAUCCUGGUGACAGACGGGGAGUCAAAUGAUGAGGUCCAGGAGGCAGCUGAUCAUUUGAAAGAAGAUGGAGUUGUUGUGUAUGUGGUAGGAGUCAAUGUCCAGGAUGUCCAGGAGUUUCAAAAAAUAGCCAGUGAGCCAUUUGAGAAGUUUCUCUUCAACAUUGAAAACUUCAACAUCCUGCAGCAUUUUUCAGGAGGUAUUCUUCAGACUUUGUGCCCAGUAGUAGAGGGCAAAAUAAAAGCAUGUCCAAUUGCUAUCCUGGCUGACUUAGUGUUCCUCACUGAGGAAUUUAGCAGAGUUAGGCGAGCCAAUUUCCAUCAAGUCAUCAAUUUCCUAAAGACCACUGUCAGCUCUCUAAACACUCAUUCUGAUGCUGUGAGAAUUGGCUUGGUCUUUUACAAUGAGGAACCACAUCUUGAAUUUUCGCUGGAUACAUUUCAGAAUCCAGCUGCACUCUUAAAGCAUUUGGACAAAUUAACCUACCGGGGAAAAAGACGAAGGGCAAACACUGGUGCUGCUUUGGAUUUCCUAAGAAAAGAGGUUUUCAUUCAGGAGAAGGGGAGCCGGUCCGACCAACGGGUACAGCAGAUAGCUGUGGUCAUCACCGAAGGCUUCUCCCAAGACAACGUGUCCAGACCCGCUUCUUGCCCUCAGAAGGCAGGGAUCACCAUCUACGCAGUGGGCCCCCAGCAUGCCUCAGACAGUAAGGAGCUGGAGAAGAUCGUGUCAUAUCCUCCUUGGAAGCAUGCUAUCCUCCUGGAAUCCUUUCUGUAACUCUCCAUAGUGGAAAGAAAGCUUACAAACCAUCUUUGCCUUGAGAUUGUAGUCAGCACCAUUUCUGUUUCCGGGAUGGAGCAUGCCCUACAAGAAGGAGAAGUAUGCCCCAUGUACUGCAUGGACAUGAAUGAGGGCCUGAGCAAGGGAGCCCAGUUCCCACUCCAGACUUCUUCCCUUUCAGCCAGGAAAAGGAAAAGGCUCUUAAUAACACAAGACUGGGCUGCCCUUUUUGAAAGGGGCAAAGAGAAAAAUUGUGUGCAUAUUGAAAAGGCAGAUAUUUGCUUCCUUAUUCAUGGGUCUGGCAGUAUCUAGUCCCCAGAAGAUUUUCUUGAAAUGAAGGUAUUCACGAAUGAGGUGAUAAAGAUGUUCCAGAUCAGGUCUGACAGAGUACAGUUUGGAGUCAUUCAGUACUCAGAUGAAAUUAAAAGUAAAUUUAUCUUCAGGCAGUAUUCUAGUGUGGCAGGGCUGAAGGCAGCCAUUGAUGCCAUCCAUCGGGGAGGAGGUGGCACCACAACAGGUGAGACCUUGGGUAACAUGGCUCAGAUCUUUGUAGACACUGCCCGAAUCAAUGUUAGUCAAUAUCUCAUAGUCAUCACUGAUGGUAAAUCUUCGGACUCUGUGGCUGAGGCUGCAGAAAGAUUGAGGAACUGUGGAGUCAUCAUUUAUGCUAUUGGAGUAAGAGGAGCUAACACUGGGGAGCUUAAGGAAAUAGCUGAAGAUAGGAUUUUUUUCGUGAAUGAGUUUGAUUUGUUGAAGAACAUCCAAAAAGAAGUGGUACGGGACAUCAGCUUCUCAGACACCUAUAAGAAUAGGAAAGCUGACAUUAUCUUCCUGAUAGAUUGUUCAGAAUCCAUCUCCCCAGAAGAAUUUGAAAAGAUGAAAGGAUUCAUGGAGAGAAUGGUAAACCAAUAUAGUAUUGGUGCUGAUGAAAUUCAGAUUGGUCUUUUGCAGUUCAGCUCAACUCCCCAGGAAGAAUUCAGACUCAACCACUACUUUUCAAAGGAGGACAUUUGCAGAGCCAUCUCUGAGGUUCAGCAGAUGAAUGAUGGCACCUGCACUGGGAAAGCCUUGAAUUUCACUCUGCCUUUUUUUGACAGUUCAAGAGGAGGUAGACCCAGUGUUCACCAAUAUUUGAUUGUAAUCACUGAUGGGCUUGCCCAGGAUAAUGUAGCCAUCCCAGCCAAAGCCCUCAGGGACAGAAAUAUAAUUAUUUUUGCCAUUGGGGUGGAGACCAAAAUAUCUCAGCUUUUGGAGAUCACUAAUGGUAAGGACAAAGUGUACCAUGAAGUAAAUUUUGAGUACCUGCAAAAUCUGGAAAAGGAAAUGCUUCAGAAGGUCUGCAGUCCACAAGGAUGCAACAUGGAUUUGUUUGUCGGAAUUGAUAUCUCCACUCCUUCAAAGCAAGUUCAGCAGAAGAAGCUUCUCAGGCUACUGCCAGAGCUGAUGCAACAGCUGGCCUUGCUUUCUAACAUCAGUUUUGGUGUUCCUGAUGACAUCAACGCGAGGUUCUGCUACAUGGUUCCUCGCUCAAAUGGACAGCUUAUCUAUGACUCAGGCUUUGAGCAAUACAAUGAUGAGAUCUUCCAGAAGUUCUUGGCCAAUUAUAAGUAUAUGGAUGUGAGUUUUUUGCAGUCCCUGGGAGAUAAUGCUAUCAAUCUCUCUUCUGCUAAAGUAAAGGUCCUUUUAGUAUUUACAGAUGGAUGGGAUGAUGAUUUAGAGAGACUGAGGAGGACAUCAGAGCUUCUGCGUAGCAGAGGAUUGUCUGGACUUGUAGUCAGUGGCCUGGAAGGUAUGCCUAACUUAGAAGAGCUCCAUGAGCUAGAGUUUGGCAGAGGUUUUGCCUAUAAGCAGCCUUUGAGCAUCACGCUGCGAUCCCUCCCAACUGUCUUACUGAAGCAACUUGACCCAGUUGUAGCAAGAACAUGCUGCAAUACGUAUGCAAAGUGUUUUGGAGAAGAUGGGCACAGAGGUGAUGCUGGGAGUCCUGGGAGGAAGGGAGAGAUGGGUUUCGAUGGAUUACCUGGUCACCCUGGUGAAGAAGGGGACAUGUGAGGAGAAAGAGGCCCUCGGGGUCUUCCUGGACUUCCAGGUGAGGAUGGAUGCCUGGGUAUGAGGGGACCUAAGGGAAUAAGAGGAUUUUCAGGAGAGAAGGGAAACGCGGGUGAGGAAGGUGUUGACGGCUUCGAUGGAGAACAGGGUGCUCAUGGAGUUCCAGGAUUGCCUGGAGAAAAAGGAAAUAGAGGAAAUCAGGGGGAUCCUGGAACAAAUAGUUACAUUCAAGGCCCUAAGGGAGAAAAAGGAAGGCGCAGGCAUCAGGGACAUUUUAGUUUUGAUGGCCCUCAGGGUGAAACUGGAAAUGUCAGCCCUCAGGGGCCAAGAGGAAGACAAGGUUUGCCAGGGUUAAAGUGUGUGCUUGGAGAAUCUGGCGAACGAGGUUACCAAGGAGAGUUGGGGUCUCCAGGUUCACAGGGACUGAGAGGAAUGCAAGGAAUACCAGGAGCUUCUGGACAAAAAGGCUUCCUGGGUGCUCAGGGGAAUCCUGCUUCCGGGCCAAAAGGUUCAAAAGGAAAAGCUGGGCCAAGAGGAAUGAAGGGAGAGGUUGGUGAUACAGGAGAAAGAGGCCCACAGGGUCAACAAGGACCAAGAGGUCAGCCUGGUAUUCAUGGUUCAGAUGGAUAUGGACAUCCAGGAAGAAAAGGAACAAAGGGUGAACCCAGAUUCCCUGGCUAUCCUGGUGCACAAGGAGAAGAUGGUGACCGAGGCCACCAAGGAGAGAAGGGAGCAAAGGGAAUCAGAGGGAAGAGGGGUAAUGCUGGCUUUCCUGGAUUUAUUGGAAUUCCAGGUGACCAAGGCCCACCAGGACAAAUGGGCAUCAAGGGUCCCAAAGGUUUGGCAGAUAUGAUGCCUUGUGAAAGUGUUAAUUUCAUUCAAGAACACUGCCUAACUUGUUCAAAAGGUGUUUCCAAAUGUCCAGUGUUCCUGACUGAAGUGGGCUUUGCCUUGGACAUGUCAAAUAAUGUCUUCCAGUUGGAUUUUGAGAGGAUGAAAGCAAUUUUAUUAUCUCUGUUGAUGAAGACGGAAAUAAGUGAGAGUAAUUGCCCAACAGGUGCCCUAGUGGCCAUUGUUUCCUACAACACCAAAACAGAUUACCUGGUUCGUUUCUCAGACUACAAGGGGAAGCAUGCAUUCCUGGAGGCUGUCAGGAAGAUCCCUCUGGAACGGUCAUCUGGCCAUAGGAAUCUGGGCGCCACCAUGAGGUUUAUGGCGAGACAUGUGUUCAAACGUGUGCGCUCGGGCCUUCUCAUGAGGAAGGUGGCUGUGUUCUUUCAGGCAGGCUCGGCCUAUGAUGCAGCUUCCAUCGGCACAGCUACCCUGGAGCUUGGUGCAGUGGGCAUCAUCCCUGUGGUCAUCACCUUCACAGAGGAGCACAACCUCCCAGAGGAUCAUGGGGAGGGGACCAGCAGAUUUCACUUGUUCAUCUGGGUGACGGAGCACCAGCAGGAUAUGGAGCACAUGGCUCGCUGUACUCUCUGCCACGGUAAACCAUGCAGACUAGCUCUAGAAUGCCAGCCGGAAGUGCUGGGGCCCCAGGUGGUGGACGUGGACUUGGCGUUCGUGGUGGACAGCUCCCAUGGUGUGGGCACUGACGUGUACUGUGGAGCAUUGAGUCUAGUGGACGCUGUGCGAGGCAACCUGGAGGUGGCUGCGCAGCCCGGCAAGUCCCACCGGGGAGCGCGAGUGGCCCUGGUGAUGCGCACUACGCCAGGCUUCUGUCCUGGUGUGGGUUGCCCACCGGUGCUCCAGAGCUUCCACUUGACCUCCUAUGGUCACUGGGUGCAGAUGCAGAGACGUGUCCACGAGGCAGCAGGCCGCUCCCUCCUGGGACCCCCCGCCCUGGGCUACGCCCUGGAGUGGAUGCUGGAGAAGGUGCUCCUGGCAGCCCCUCUGCCGCGGAGGGCACGGGUUCUCUUUGCCAUUGUGGCCAGUGAGACAAGCAGCUGGGACAGAGAGAAGCUAUGGAUCCUGUCCCUGGAUGCCAAGUGCAAGGGCGUCACCCUGUUUGUGCUGGCCAUGGGCCCCAGUGUGGGGUCCAGUGAACCAGGGGAGCUGGCCUAUGUGGCCAGUGCCCCCUCUGAGCAGCACCUACUUCGCCUAGAGGGGAUCUCGGAACCGGAGGUAGCCUACGCCCGGGGAUUCACACGGGCUUUCUUGACCCUCUUAAAAAGUGGAAUAAACCAGUAUCCACCUCCACAUCUCGUUGAAGAAUGUUAGGGUCUAAACCGUGGGGACACUCUGCUGCAAUCAGUCAUGCUGUCAAAACAUUGA